AUGGAACAAAUUUCACUAUCUGAUUUAGCUUUGAAGACAUUUAAAUCAAUAACUCAAGAUUACGCACCAUACCAGUUAAUGACAAUGCUUCAAAUCUUUAAUAUUUUCAAAAAAAAUUAUCAUUUGACAAAUAUUAUUGACGAAUUUAAAAAUAUUCUCAACGAACUUGUUCGUUCCAACAAGCUUGUUACACAAACAACAACGAAAUACAACUUGAUUCGAUAUUUUUAUACGAGCCAAAUCCAAUCUAAACCGAUCGGAUUUAAGUCUACCCUAGAAGUGAUAGAAUUUUGCCGUAAAGAGCUUCUAGAAAGUGAUCAAAGCAUUGCAAGCCUCUCAUCUAAAUGCAAUUUCCCUUUGAAACAAAUCAGAUACUCAUUAGCAACAUGCGAAGCAAUUGGACUUGUAACAAGACGCGAUACAGGUCCUUUUAAGUCAGCCGUUCUUACCUGGCGUCAAGAUCGUGAAAAUUCCCUUCCAAAUAUCAUUGAUAAAAUUAAAUCAAUGAACGAAGCAGGUCUUGUCGUUAAAAGAGUUUAA